GGUCCCCAGAGAUAACUUAAGUAGUUAUCCCCCCUUGAUAUGCAAAUUAGUUUGCAAGUGUUUGUUUUAAUUAGAAUAUUUUGUAUAUAAACUUGUUGGAGAUUAAUUACCUGUUUCAUUAUGGCAUGUCUAUGGAGAGUCAUUUUAAACAAUGCAGAUUGUUUAUAUUUAGUUUUAAUAUUUUAUAAAGAUGAUAAAAUUUAAUGUUAAAGAUUUUUUUAGUAAUAAAAAGACAAUUUGAAAUUUAUAUCUGUUUGGUUAAGGCGUUAUAAAAUCUUGUUCCCUAUUCAGUAAUAGAAAUCAGUUAGGAUGUUUUAUCUUUAAAUUUCAUAUUUUAUUUGGUUUAAUUAUACUAAGCCAUGUAAAGGCUUAGUUUAUGAACUUUUGGUAUUGUUAGUUUACUGUCUAUUAUUAUGUUGUGAUGUAAUAUAUAUUAUAGACUCUGCCAUACGCUAUCAAGAAAUAAAGACUCUUUUUUAUUGAAUCCUGGUUUUGACUAUUUUCAGGCCUGCCAAAGACAAUUGUGUCAGCUUUCUGUAAGAAGCACGCAGCACCCGAAAGUAAGCUCACCAAAUAGCUCAUCACCCUGUUCGCUCUACCCACACAAUAAAUACACAGAAAACAUAGUUGUGUCAACUGGUGGAAGGCCCAAAAGUCCUGUUAUUUAUGAGCUAUUGGCUGAUAUCUGCAAAUUUAAACAUGCCACAACCCAUGAAUGCAAACAAUGGAGAGGCACCUUUGAUUGAGAUUGCACCGGAGGAAAUAGUACAGGUUCAUCAACCGCCUAACAAUGAAAACCAAGCUCCAGAACCACUUGUGCCAGAACCAGCUCCAGAGCCAGUUCAACAGAUACCAGAACAACAACAAGCUCCAGCCCACCUCAUUCAAGCCAUACAGCCAACUGGUACCGUACCAGCACAGAGUCAUGCUGCAGUACCAGCUCAAUCUCCAUUUCAAAACCAAUCCAAUCAACAAGGGCACUUAGGAAGAAGCAAGGUGCAUGUCAAUCUGACACAUUAUAAUGGCAGCAUGGAUGCAGCACAAUGGUGGACCACAUUCAUAGCCUUUGUUACGUUACAAAGAAUAGAAGAAUGGGAUGCGAUAUUGUGUUUCCCAUUUUACUUGGAUGGUAUUGCCAAGCAAUGGUGGCACAUGUUAGACACUAGUGUCACAAACUCAUUAAGUAAUAUCAAAACUGCUUUUUUAAAUAGAUUUAGAGCUUUAGAAGAAGACGAUGUAAGGUUAACUAAUCUUCACCAAUUAGAACAUGAAUCUGUGACUGAGUACAUUCAUAGGGCAUUAAGUUACAACAAAGAUAAAAGCGUUGUUGACAAAUAUCUAAUUAAAUUAACUUAUAGGGGAAUGGAAGAACACAUUCAACAAAUAGUUGUUCCACAGAAUCCAAUAUCUAUGAAUGAUUUACUUAUAAAAGCUGUUACCGCCGAAAUGACAGUCAACAUGAAAAAAACGAACAAUACUUCAGUUGAAGAAACAAUCCACAAAGCUAUAUCGUCACUAGAAAAUUCUAUGUCAGAAAGAUAAGCAAAUCAUUUUCAGUCGGUUGCUGCUAUAACUACACCACCACAAAAUAAUAAGCAAGAAAUAAAUAAUUCAAGUGCUUAUAAUCAACAAAUGUGUUAUAAUCCAUAUCAACAACCAUUUCAGAUGCCACCUCCGUAUAUGUAUACACCAGUACAGCAGCAAUCAGCAGUAUCAGCAACCAAUGCAGUAUCCCCAACAAAUGAGGCCGCAACAGAACAGUUAUCAGAACAGCGCACCAAAUUAUGCGAAUAAACAGAAUGGACCCUGUAAAGGCUGUGGCUAUUCUCUGAUGAAUUGGAACAGUCUGCUCUUCUCAACCUUCAUAGUCCUUAUAAGUUUGUGUGUCAUCAUUGAAUCAACAAAUCAAGAAGAUAUCAUUCAAUGUUUGAAAAAUGGUGCAGAGUUUCGACAAGAAUCUAUACUAUUUUUAGCCAAAGUGUGUUGGCUCCAGACCUUUACAGAUCAUAUAUUAUUUAGUAAUAUGGCUAAUUUUGUUCUCAUAGUUGUCAGUUUUAUGUAUUGUAAAGCACCAAGAAUGGCAAUGGUUAUGUCAGUUAUGCAAUUUUUCUCUUGUGUAGAAUCUCAAACUCCCCCAUCAUUUAUAUAUCAUAAUCCCACUGAAGAACCACAGAAUGAUUUUUCAACAAAAGUUCACCAAUUUAUUUCAGAAUUUUCAUGGGUACAUGCAUCAGUUAUUUUGAGUAUAAUUGUCUUAUUGUUUUUGAUAUUUUUAAUUUGCUAUUUGUACAAAUCAAAACAUAACCGAUGUACGACUUUGGUUUUAGAAAUUACCUCAGGUGGCGAUUGUGUUAUUGUACCUAUUUUAAACUUGUCUUUGUGCCCAUCUUACUAUCAAAUUUCAAAACCAUCCGUUAAAGAAUUGACUGUUGCCGCAUUUCCCUCAUGUAAAUUAUUUGCCACAUGGUCAUCCUUUCAAGUAACUAAUUUGUUAACUGAGCAAAGUAUUCAGAUUCCCACUACAAUUUCACUUAGCUUAAGGAAUCGUUAUAAGCUUCCAUAUAUUUUAAAUCAACCAUUCAAUGCCUACGUCUAUGUGACACACCAAGGAUUCGCUAAUAUUCUAAAUCCGCCAGCAGAUUCUUCAAAUAAAACAAAGAUAGCAUCUGCAGCUGAUUUGACCUCAUUUGUAUAAACAUUUUUAUAAAACCAUUAUUAUAUUGGAUAAUUAUCUUAUUUUUUUUGGUUUUGAGUGGCCGUCACCACCUGAUUGAAUUAAAAGGAUUUAAAGACAAAGAUAAUUUUGUUUUAUAUUGUAAUGUUACCAUUUGGGUUUAUCUUUUGAAAAUCACUUUGUACAAAGUUUUUUGUAUUUUGAUCAAUAUUCAUAUGGCAUAUCUUGAUUAUCUCCCCUUAGUUUUAUAUGACCUUGAUGAACAAGACUUAUAUUUUUAUUGUGUACAUAACAUGUAUUUUUUUUUUCAGUUUUAUAAUAUUAGUAUUAUGCAUAAGACACUAUUCUGUUUUAUGGUCUCUGUUCAUAUGGAAUACAACAAAACUGCUACUGAAUUACCGUAAAUAUUGCUGUACUGACCGCAUCGAUACAUAACCCGUUACUAUUGGAAAACACUCGCUUCAUCUAAUCAAUUCUAUGGAAGAUAUUCAUUUCCGUGUGUAUAUAUAUAUCUAGUGAUCUUGAAGGAUUCGACUCGACUCACUUUUUCGAGGAUAUUCAGUGCGAAUUUAUGGAAAUUCCUAUACAUAUACAAUUCAAAGACAUCAUUGUUGUAAUAAAGUUAUCAUGUUUGACAUUUUCUAAAUAUACUGUACCGUUCUGGUAUUAUUUUUCAGAUUUGUUUACAAUUAAUUCAUGUGAAAAGAAUAUUAUAUUUGACUAUUUAAAGAUGAAUUUAACAUUUUGAAGCUUUGGAAAUUUAAUUUUAUAUUUGGCUUAAAACAUUUUGAAGUUUGGUUCACAAGUUUUCUUUCACUUUAUUAUCUAUCUUAAUAUAUAAAUAUAAGGUGUAAUUCUGUUAAACAAAAGAGAGAUUAUUUUCAAGUUAUCUUGUAUGUAUUUAUCUCGUCUCUGAAAAAAGCAAGGCGACAGAUUAAAUUAUGUAAUGUCCAUUAGUUCUUUUGUAAGGGUUAACAAAUAAAUACUUUAUGUAAUUAGACAACUUUUCCCAAGUUAAGUUGAUAAAGAAGGAAAUAGAAAUAGCCACAUUGACAAUGAGUGGUUUUGCACGUGGUACGAUAAUCUGCCACUUUUACACUGAAAACUUUGUAAACUAAAUUUUGAUUGGCUCAAAACCAGAAAAUUAGUUUAAUUCCAUUGAUUCACUUUUUUUCUUGAUUAGCGUCACUCUGCCAUACGCUAUCAAGAAAUAAAGACUCUUUUUUAUUGAAUCCUGGUUUUGACUAUUUUCAGGUGAGUACAUAUUUUAUAUAUAUUUUUCUAUUAGGUUUUAAAAACUAAGAAGGUAAUUUAUUCAAUUUUGAAAGGUUAAUUAAUUGAAUUAAAUAUUGGGUUGUUAAUUCAAAUUAUUUAAGAAACCGUCAAAAAUGUAAAUUGUUUGAAAAGUUAACUAAAGUACUUUUGGCAAAAAGUCCUUUAUUUGGUAAACAGAAACAUAACUUGUGUAAAUAUAUUUGUUUAUAAGUUUCAGUUUAGUUUGUAAAAGUUUUAGUUAAUUACUUUUGUUUAAUUAUGUCACUGUGUACAUAUCUUGAAUGUACAGUUAAGUUUUGGUAUUGCGGGCUGCCAUAUAUUUAAAUAUAUGGGAGAUAACUCAGGGUUUACUUGCGACAAAAUUGCGGGACAAAUAUUUUCACCAGUUUAGAGCCAACAUUGGUCAUGGUUUGUGUAAUACAUUUAUUAUUCAAUACAUUCAUGUUAGUUUUCCAUCGUCGCCAAGUAACAAAGCUUGUAUAAGCAAAAAAACAUUAGUUCUCCUGAAUUUCCCAUUCCAGCCUUGUGAUUUCUAUAUUUUAAGACUUUGUUUAUUUAUUAUUCUUAUAGUUGAGAAUGAUGCAUACAGUUUAAGGGCAUCUAAAUAUAUUUCUUUAUUUAAAUUGUAUUUUACUUUAGAGUAAAUUAACUCAGUAGUCCCAGAAUGUUUAAUUUUAGUAUGUGAGCUAGGUCCCCAGAGAUAACUUAAGUAGUUAUCCCCCCUUGAUAUGCAAAUUAGUUUGCAAGUGUUUGUUUUAAUUAGAAUAUUUUGUAUAUAAACUUGUUGGAGAUUAAUUACCUGUUUCAUUAUGGCAUGUCUAUUGAGAGUCAUUUUAAACAAUGCAGAUUGUUUAUAUUUAGUUUUAAUAUUUUAUAAAGAUGAUAAAAUUUAAUGUUAAAGAUUUUUUUAGUAAUAAAAAGACAAUUUGAAAUUUAUAUCUGUUUGGUUAAGGUGUUAUAAAAUCUUGUUCCCUAUUCAGUAAUAGAAAUCAGUUAGGAUGUUUUAUCUUUAAAUUUCAUAUUUUAUUUGGUUUAAUUAUACUAAGCCAUGUAAAGGCUUAGUUUAUGAACUUUUGGUAUUGUUAGUUUACUGUCUAUUAUUAUGUUGUGAUGUAAUAUAUAUUAUAGACUCUGCCAUACGCUAUCAAGAAAUAAAGACUCUUUUUUAUUGAA